AUGAGCCCAGUCGCGCCGUUUACUACACCAGCAGAACUCGCAUCGCGCUCAAUGUCGCGCGGCUAUGCCUUCCUCCGCAUCUUCGUGCGCCUCAUCGACGUCAGCGUCAACAUCUACUCGCUCGUGUCGUUCGCCGCCACGUCCUCGCUUAUCGACGUCGUUCUCAUGCGCGAGGCUGUCUUCCUCGACGACGUCGCCAACGGCCUCUUCGACUUCACCCCCGCGACGUCACGCGACCAAAUCAUUCUCGACGCGCUGCACGCGGCGAAGCCGGGCCAGUGCCGAAGCAUCGGGUUCAUGGAAGGCAAAGAAGCCAUGCCCACGGGCGGGAAAACGGCGAGCUAUUGCCACCGCAUCAACGUGGACCUGGGUUACGAAGCCCACGUCAUGUACUAUGGCGACGGCAUCUCUCGGCGCUACUUGCGGAAGAUCCAGACCCAGCUCCCGCCGACGUGCGUAGGCUGGACGGUCGCGGCGGGAGCCCCGUACACCGCCACUCCGAUCCGCGCAGUCCAGGAGGCCCGCCAAGCCUACGGCGACUCGUACCUGCGGUGUACAGACCCGCGCAUCUUCACCUCCAACUC